UUUAAGGUGGCACCCUCCCUAUGCUACAAAACAUUUUAUAAAAUUUGUCGUUCUUUGAAUUAAUGCGUUUUCAAAAAUAAACGCACCGGAUGUUUUAUCAUCCAUGGAAACGCUUUAGUUCAUGUUUAUGGUAAAUCCUUCUCUGCGACUUGUAGUCCGUAACCCUCAUUGAAUUAGCCUCAUUUUAAUAUUUCCAUGACAACAGGACGCUUUCGUGCAGUGCGUUUCAGGGAGCUUCUGCAUUAAGCGCCCCGUGGUGGAAACAGAUCUCAUCUCAUGUUCAAUUUACUGGGAAAUGAAAAUGAAUGAAGCAGAGGUGAACGAUGGUAGAGGGGCAUCAAGCAGGAGUCACAGGUCCCAUGAAACACCUGCGGGUACCCCUGUUUCAAGGCAAAGCAGCCAAGAUUUAAAUCCUAAGAUGCCAAGUCACAAUGAGCAGUGUCCCGGGACCACCAUUACUGACCUCAUUCCUGCCAACAUCUUGCACAAGUUCGGGACUGCAAAUGUGAAGAAGCUGGUGACAGAAGUAGAACUGAAGGCCUUCAUGGAGUCUUUGGCUCAGCGCAGUCUCAAGCCCAGUCAAGCAGGCCCAGCAGCAGAUGUUUCUUGUGACUUGAGCUCACCAUACCAAGCACUGGGUCACUCCCUGAGAGCCAACACUUUCCCAGGGGCCCCUCAGCCCGGCCAGUCUCUGUUCAAUGACUCCUUCACACCUGAUGUGCCUGCCAAGUCUCGCAGGAACCCACAGGUCUGGUUCGGAAGAAGGACAGAUGACCUAGGUCGGUGGACAGAAAAAAACAUCCUUCACAGCCGUCUGAAGAAAGCUCUGGGCGAGGUGCAGAAAAGCCCUGGAAAAACAUAGAGCCUGCCGUUCCUGAUCUUCUCAUGGCUGGUGGAUUUAAAGAUGGCCGUACUGUUCUGACACACUCCCUUUACCUCUAAACUAUUUGUACUUGAACUUUCAUUGUUGUAAUCAUCUUUAUCCACAGCUCCAGGUCAGUAUACAACAGGCUGCACAUCACCUUUGGACUUCUGAAUAUUUUUUCCUGCUCCACACAACAAGAAAUUGUGAGUUUAGGUUUGACGUGACCUGAUGCUCUUGAUUCUUAAGGAUCAUAACAUCACAUUUCUCUCUACCUUCCCAAUGCUGUCAAGAUGGUAAAACAAAUUUAUGUUUGUGAAUUAAAUAACUCAGAUGAGA